AUGAGGCUAACUGAUGAAUUUACAAGUUUGUUUUUUGACAUGCGUUUUAUGAUUGGGAUGAUCGUGCUACUCUUUAUAACGAUAAUCUACACCCGAAAACCUUUAAGUAUUGAUGAGAUGAAACAUCUACCGCCCAGUCCCAGAAGAUUACCGAUAGUGGGAAAUAUGCACCUUGUACUGCUGAAACGAAAAUUUCAUCUUCCGCUACUCUUUGCGAGACUAUGUGACCAACUUGGAUCGGUGUUUACGUUUUGGCUUGGUAAAUCACCUAUUGUUGUUGUAAAUAACUAUGAUGCUGCAAAAGUGAUUCUGCACGCAAAAGACUGUUCAGGGAGGCCGCAAAGAUAUACUGGUAAUGUCUACUCAAGAGGAUUUAAGGGUAUUGUUGUCACCACUGAUUGUCCUGCGCUGACAAGAAGAAAAAAUAUUACACACAACGCAUUGAAAAUUUCAUCCAAAAACGGGAAAUGCGCGGAUUUAUAA